CAGAACUUGCUGAAGCGGCGUCCAGUGCGGGCCGCAGCUCUUUUCACUCUCUCAAACCAGUUUUUUUUUUUUUUUCGUACCUCAAUCCUUUCUUUAAUCAUACACACAAACAACAUCGUUCAUUGCCUUCAUUUAUUUUGAAGAACCUUCCGACUUGUGCGUUGGUUGUUUUGUGUUUCUUAAAUUUGUUUUUCGGUGAUGUGGUGAUUCGGUCUCUUCGAUCUCCGAAAAAGAUUUGCGAUUUUUGUGCUUCGUUUUUCCAAAGUGACGGUCGAAUUGUUCCAUACCGUUACAUCCGAUCGAGACAAGUGUGGGCCAGUUCUCUUCGUGACUUCUGCCAAAUUGUUAAUUAAAGAAAAAAAAAAAAAAAUUAUUUCCAGUUCUGUGACAGCUGGACGCAAACGAGUUUCAUCCGUCGGGGACGAGAAGUGUAAUCCAAACAACAACAAAUACAAGUGCCAAAAGAAACUAGAUUGCUCUUGCUGAGCCAUCCUUUAAAAAGGCCAUCAACAGAAAAAAACAAAAAACAAAUUGCGACAAUGUUGACCGACGUACCGGGAAUGUUGACCCGAGCCGGGUUAUACCCACACAGCCAGCCGACGGCGGCCGUCAUUCACGACAAAUCGGCACAAGAGGCUCAGGCAGCGGCGGCUGCAGCGGCGGCGGCGGCGGCCGGUCUGACGGCCGGCGUCCACGGUCUGCUCCACUCCAAAUCGAGGCUGUGGCAUUCGGAGAAAGACAUUCUGGAGCAUCCAGGAUUGAGAGGCACACCGUUGGCCAUGCUGGCCGCCCAGUGCAGCAAACUGUCGUCCAAGAGUCCGCCUCCAUUGGCUGACGCUGCCGUCGGCAAGGGAUUCCACCCGUGGAAGAAAUCGUCGGCCGGAGGUAACAACACGAACGCAUCCAGCACGACGGCCACAGCCACGAGCGGAAACAACACGUUGGCUACCUCUUCCGCAUCGACCGGGGGCCUCAACAACAACAAUAACAACAACGGCCAAUUCAACGGCGUUCAGAACGGACAGGCUGGCCAGCGGCAGGCCAGCGCCACGACGACAAACACCAACACGUCGGCCGUAACGAGCUUGGGCGCUGCAACGGCUACGGGUCUGGGCAUGGCCGGCUAUCACCAGAGACCCGGAAUGGGAGCUACAGCGGCUGGUUCUUACGGAGGGGAUCUGUACUUCAGCCAUCCGCAUCAAACAGCGGAUAUGUACCCAAGGACGGCCCACCAUCCCUACGAGCAGGCGUGGCAGUUCCAGCAGCACGUCAAACAAGAAGCGGCCAGUGUCAACGGGUCCAGCUGGUGGGAUAUGCACCAAGCGGCAGCCGCUGGCGGAUGGCUGGACAUGAGCGGAGCUACGGCGAUGCCGUCGCAUCACACCUCGGCGAUGCACGCGGCUGCGGCCGCCGCCGCCGCCUCGGCCGCCUACUCCAGCGACUACUCGGCCUCGCUGGCUGCGGCCGGCAGCACGGCCCAUUUGCUCUCGACUGGACAACACCUGCUGCAGGACACGUACAAAUCGAUGCAACAACACCACUCGUCCGUCACGGCACCUUUCGGCGUCGGUCUGGGAACGGCCGGACAUCAAGCGACGGCCGCGUCCGUCUCUUCCGCCGCCACAUCAGCCCAUCAGGUUCCGUCGCCUCGCUCGUCGCGUCGCUACACGGGCCGAGCCACUUGCGACUGCCCCAACUGCCAGGAGGCGGACCGUCUGGGCCCUGCCGGCGCCCAUUUGCGCAAGCGCAACAUCCACAGUUGCCACAUCCCCGGCUGCGGCAAAGUCUACGGGAAGACGUCGCACUUGAAAGCCCAUCUGCGCUGGCACACGGGCGAGCGUCCGUUCGUCUGCAACUGGCUCUUCUGCGGCAAAAGAUUCACCCGCUCCGACGAGCUGCAGCGCCACUUGCGGACCCACACGGGCGAGAAGCGCUUCGCCUGCCCGGUUUGCAACAAGCGUUUCAUGCGCUCCGAUCACCUCAGCAAGCACGUCAAGACGCACAGCGCUGGCGGUGGAGGCGGAAGCGGCGGAGGCACCGGCAGCGGAGGCAGCGGUAAGGGAGGAUCCAGCAGUUGCGGAUCCUGUUCGGAAUCGGAAGAAGGCGCCGAUGAUCGCGAUUGCAACAGCCAAUCUGAACCGCCAGGUAGCGUCAGCUCGCCCGGAGCCAAUUCUUCCGUCAACAGCCCGACUCCGGUCCAGCAGCAGCAGCAGCAACAACAGCAGCAACAACAACAGCAGCAGCAACAGUUGCACCACCCCCACCAUUUGCCGAUCGUCGGCCACCAUCCCCACCAUCCGCACCACCACCAUCAUAAUAUGAUGAUGCUCCAGCAUCACACGGACAUGCACCACCACCAUCAGCAGGUUAUGCACUCGCUUCACCAUCCGCUGCAUCAUCAUCAUCAGCUGGGCAUCGGUGGCCACCAUCACGCCGGCCAUCACCAUCACCUGGGAGUCGUUGAUGCUGUUGGCGAUCACAUUAAAUCGGGCCAUUAAUUUCUCUUUAUUACUAUUAUUAUUAUUAAUAUUAUUAUUGUUUUGGCGUGGCGUGGCGCCAAGUUUGAAAACAAAAAAUGCAGAACCACUUUUGAUUUUUCUUGAAGAAAAAAGACAUUAACGGAAACCAAAUUUGCAUAAAGUAAAUGUUGAAAGCACCAAUUUUUUUUUUUUUUGGUUUUGUUUUAGAUACCAAGCUUGCAUUUGGUCCCCCUUCCUCCAACCGUCUCCGAAGGCAACGUUUCUUUGAAUGUUUGCCUCUGCUCGCCUCGCCCCCCUGAAUGUGAAUAUUUUUUCUUAACCUUAACUCUAAACUUUGUAUGCAUAUGAAUCCCCAAGAGCUGAAUUGAAUGUCGAGACGUUGACAAAAGCAAAAGUUUGAAAAAGAACAAAAAAAAAAAAAAAAAAAAAAAAAAAAAAAAUGAGAAAGAAAAUGUUUGCUUCAAUCGCGCGAACUUUGUGAAGGUUCGUCAUCGCGUAACGUGAAUUACAGAUAUUAAAAAUAUACUAUAUGUAAACUAUACACACAUUAUUACCACCCAAUCAUUGUCUCAUGUUUACACCUGUGUUCUCGUAUCGUGUAAUUGUCCCAUUUUGUACUUGGAACUGCCGACUCAAUUUCAUUUUCAUUGUUUGUUUUCCCUUUUGUUCUUGUGCGUGAGUGGACGACUUUGAGCGAUCGGCUUCACGACCACGACAAAAAUUGAAUUUGACGAAAAACAAAAAACAAAAAAAAAACUGCUGACAGUGACAAAUGAAUCAGCCUAUUAUUAAAACGAUUAUAUACAUAUUUUGAUUUGAUAGUAAAAAAAAAAAAAAAAAAAAAAAAAAAAAAAAAAAAAAAAUAUGCGAUGAUGACUGUUGGGCGAAGUAUAUAACAGUCCAAUUUCUCCGAUCGUCGACAAUGGCCCUCCCAGCAGCGUAUUGUGUAAUAUACAUCCUCUACAGUGAGUGAAUGUGUCUGAUUGUUUGUGUGUGUGUGUGUGUGUGUGUGUGUGUGUGUGUAAUGAAAAAUGAUGGAUGAUGUGAUGUCAAACAUGAAACGAUUUCCUCGUCUUUUUAUUUUUUUUUUUUCUUCUAAUAUUUCUUCCUCCACUUAACGGCCUGUACAGAAUUUGAAAAGGCGCGCCCUAAAAUGUUGGCCCGUUCAUUUGUUUCUUUUAUUCUCUUCGAUUUUUUUUUUGUUUUUCGUUUAUCAUGUGGCAGACACAACACAACAUUUGGCAGACAAUAAAAAAAAAAAAAACUGACAAAUUUGCGGUGACUCUCCCAGUGUUUUUGGUGUAUCGGCUUUCUGUCCAAUCAGAAUUUUAUUAUUCUUAUUAUUUUUUUUUUUUUUUUUUUCACUUCUCUAUUAAGCUUCAUCAAAUGCACCCCCCAGACAGGAUACAAAUGUACGUGGACAUGAAUUCUUAUUUUUUAGGCCAUCAAAA